AGAAUUCAGAACCACAUGGCCUAGGAUUCCAAAGCGUAGAGUCAGGAAUCGACAUCUGAAAUUGAUACUGGGAAAGUUUUGAAUUGUGGCUCAAAAUGACGUCUCUUUCGAGGCAGUUAGAAAAUCUUCAGAUUCCAGAUGCUUUGCUUGCUUACAACUUGCAAAAUAAACGUGCCUCAAUAUUAUUUGAAGCGCAAGAAGCUGCUGAUAUAGACAUCGAUACAAUUUUUUCCAUCGGGAACACAGGACUGGAAGAGCUCCAAAAUAUCGACCCUGAGUUUUUGAAAUUCGAGAAAACCCUGUUCAGCGAAACUGCAAAAUCGAUUGAAAGAACACAACAGCCUAAAGAGUUUAAUGAUAGAUUAGACAAGAAAUUAAGCGAAUUUCUUGUCUGUGUUUCACCAUAUAUAUUGACGAAACCGGCACAGCAGGCUCUUGAAUGGUUGGUGAGACGUUUUCGCAUCCAUGUCUUCAAUACGGAUUCGCUGAUGUCCUGUAUCUUGCCUUUUCACGAGACAAACCUUUUCUCUAGAGUGGUUAGCAUAAUAACUUUCAAUAAGGAGACUGAGAAAUGGCAAUGGCUGGCCUCAUGUCAAAAAGCUGGGACCCCGUUAUCCAAAUUGACCCUUAUACAGCACUGCUUGAGUGACAGUGCAUUUCUCACCUUCGUUUGCGAAAUGAUCCCAAAAGCAAUUGGCCUCAGACAGGGUAAAUCAAUGGAGAAAUUGAAAACACUUUUUUCGUUCUAUGCAAGUGUGUUACUCGGUGUUGCAGAGUCUGCGCCAAACUUAAACGAAUCAAGGGUUGGGAAGAUUCUGCCUUACUUGUACCAGGGGCUGAAAUCUGACAUUGAAGACUACAAAGUAUCAUCAUACAUGGUGCUGUCACAAGUAUGCUUGAUGAAGACUUUCAAAGAACAGACAAUUGUUCCUUUUGUUGAUCUUAUAUGCAAGUCUUUGUCUGCUGACACAAUGAAGCUUGGAAUCAUAACCUUAGAGUGUAUCUAUAGAAGGCACAAAGGACAACUUCCUAACAAGGCUUUAAGAAGACUUUGUGAAACUAAAGGAGCAAUAUCCUUGAUAAGUGAGCUUGCUGAGCAGAAUUCUUUGCCAUGCCUCCUUUCCAUUCUUCUAGUUGGGAUUGUUAAUCUGGCAUUGAUAUCAUCACAAUCUGAUGAGUCAGCAACAGAAAAAUCCAGUGACUUCAUCUCAGUCUUUACAACACUAUUUCAAGUGUCAAAAUUAGAAGGAAAUUCAUUGAAGUACAUACUGAGGAGGUUUUUUGAGCAGUAUAUAAAGCUAAGAAAAGUGUCUUCUGAUCCUGGAAAUCUUUUAAAGCUUGGCAAAAAACUUAUGCAGUCCUUUGAGAAACGGUAUCCCGCAGAGACAGACUCUGUUGUCAAGGAUUUUAUUUCUCAAAACUCAGAAACAGAAUUGCUUCAAGAACUGUUUCUGGCAGGAGGCGCCUCUUCAAAGUAUAAAGUCAUCCCAGGUACAGAAACGCUUCUGAUUGUCAAUCUUAAUCACCCAGAACCUGUAAGGCGCAAGAUGGCUGUUCAAGAAGUGAUAAGAAAUUUGAAAUCUGAGGAUGAGAGCGUUGAAGGCAGAGAAUUCAUGCAGAGUGCUUUGGUCCAAAGGCUGAACGACGAUGAUGAUUCUGUUUUUAUGGAAAUCUUGAAAGCAGGUUCCUGUCUCCUUAAGGUCGUUGAAGAAGCUACCUUGCUGGAUUUGUUUCUUAGGAAACUCAAAGCUGCUCCUUUUCAAGAGAGAUUACCCUUGGCUGCAAAUAUCGUGGAGAUUUUUAGAGAACACAAAUUUUCAGUCGAUUCUGAUCAAGUAUCAACACAGCUAAUCUACUGCUUAAUUCCAAGUUUGUUGCCUUCUAUAAGUUUUGCAAAGGAACAAUUAUCGAUUUACAAGAACCUUCUCGAAUCGGACUUCGGAUUGAAGAAUCCUUUUGUGUUAGGCAUCCGCACAGUUUUGCAGAAAACAGAUUUAAAAGACUUUCAGAAUUCCUCUGAAAACAAAAACCUUAUUGCUACCAUGUAUCUGAGCAUAUUGGAUGCAGUAUCAUCAUUGCUGACCGAGGAUAAUGAUAGGGAAUUUUGGAUCAAAUCUGCCCUUGAAGCUGCAGAUACGGGAAAAACAAAUUUUGUAUUUGAAGCUUUUCUGUAUGCCGUUCUAUUCACGUUGCUUGAUCAGCUGCCACAGGCGCAAGUUUAUGACUUUAUUUCAAAAUUUGAGGAUUUCAUACGAAAAACAGUAAGCUCAUUCACAACUGUGGAAGGAAAGGAGGGUUACACAAAAGCUUUGCGAGCACCCAAUGAUGUUAAGGCAACAUUCUCCGAGAUAAUCAACGCCGUUGCCAUCAAAAGCACUGCCAAAGAUAAAGCCAGAUUUACGCGGAUGAACGUAUUUUGUUUGUUCCUGAGGAAGAUCUUACACAGAUUAAGCUCUCAAGACACAAUCACAGACGAAGUUAGUCAAUCUUCAGAGUUCCAUGUAAAGAUUUUUGAAAUGCUGGCUUCUGCGAGUGGCAAAGAGAAAAAAAGACGUCCUUAUGUGUUGGUUUUCAGAUCUUUGCUUCAGGAAUUUUUAAAGCUGCACUUCCCUUCGCCAAAAGCACUGUUGAAGUUCCUCUGUCAAAUAUUCAUGAUUCCAAAGUCCCUCAGUUGGUUGGUGGAUCGUAAUUGCGUUCUCGAUCGUGUUGAAGUUAUCGUCUGUGCCCUGCAUAUAUUCAAAGUUUGUAUGGAAACACUAGAGCAAGAUAUUGAGUCCAUGUUUUCCUUUGAUUCACAAGUUCUACCAACCCUGUUGUCGUUGUUGCAUCAUCCUCUAAAGGUUGUGCGAGAAGCUGCGAUUGGCUGCAUCCAAGCACUAAAUGACAACGACCGGAUUAAAUUAGACGAUGGGCUGAAGUAUUUGCUGAAGUUUACUGUAGGCAAUGACACUGAAAUUGUUGAAGACUCCCAGCAGAUUUGCCACGUGGUGGAGAAACUUUUCAAGCCCCUUAGCAGUAGCAGCACGGAUGUUGAGAUGCUCGAACCCAAAGAGCUUGAAGACAUGAGGCUUCUGACGAAAUAUUUCUCUAGUUUUAUCUGGCAUUCUAAUGUCCAUCUGCAGCUUGGAAUUGCCACAAUAACAUCGUCUGUGAUAUUUCAGGAAUUCUUGCUGCAUUUAACACCCGUCGUCGGAGAACUGAUAAAAGUCGCUCAAACCAAAGGUCUGACAGAAUACGAGCUUCAGCUCCUGAGAAUCUUGUUGAGAAAGUUCACUCCUGCAGUUGUUGAUGUAUUCGAAAAGUUUCCCGCAUCGUUAAGAGUUUUUAAAACUGCACUGACCCUCGGAAGCGCUUGCCCUGGUACCAUCUUGACUAUCCAAGAAGAAUGUCUCAAGCAAGUAACAGUACCCCUCUUCGAAGCCAUCACCUCAAGUAAGAUACAGAACGAAAUAUUUGAAACACUGCUGACGUCAUUUGUAAACAGCAGCAGCACGUCUGUUUCCAAGGUGAUCCAAGCGAAGCUUGUGGAGCUGCCAAUAAGUGCCGAAGACAUUGCUGAUCAGAUAACAGGUUUCAAGGAACAUCUACAAGGGCCGCAGCCAAGCAAAUCAAAGAAGGCUCGAAGGACGACAAAAUCCUUUACAAAUGAAGAUGAUAGCUCCCUAACAGAUUCUCCUCAUUGGAACAAAGUCGUUAUCCUUCUUGAAGUCAUUCAGCUAAAAUCAAACUUGGAGUUCAAUGAGAAACUGGUUGUUUCCAUCUUUGAAAUGCUUUCACUAUGCUUGGAGGUAAAUACCACAAGCCAGCCAUCAAUAGAGUACAUGAAACAACUUCUACUUGGUGCAAUUUGCCGAGGCGUCGAACAGAUUAUUGAAUCAGGCUCACGAGACAUUCUCCAUCAAGAUAAAUUCAGUGUGGCGAAAAUCAUUGAGUGUUUCCGAACAUCAGAAAAUCCCCAAACACAUCAUCAAGCAUUGUUGGUUCUCGGAAAAGCUGCCAGCUUGUUUCCGGACUUGGUUUUGCAUAACGUAAUGUCAAUUUUCACUUUCAUGGGUGCAAACGUUUUACGGCAGGAUGAUAGCUACAGUUUUGAGAUCAUCAAAAGAACAAUAGACUCCGUCAUACCAACUUUAGUGUCGACAGAUGAAGAUGUUUCAAGCUCAAGCAAAGAUGUUUACAAACCAAAAGUUAAUGAUAUUGUCAAGCUAGUGGUCCGGGUUUUUGUAGACGCUGUUCCGUACAUUCCAGAGCAUCGUAGAAUUAUCUUACUGCAUCAUCUGACACACGUCUUGGGUUCUGAGAGACAUCUCUAUGUUGUUGUUGCUAUUCUUCUUGAAAAAAUGUUCCUUAAAGCUGAGAAACAAAGUGAUAGUGAGCAAACUACAGAGGAGAUGUCUUUAUCCCCCGAAUUCUGCUUUCUACUAGUGAAGAACUUUUCGUUGCAAGAGCAGGCAGUAACAAUUGCAAAUCUUAUCGAGUUCCUCUCUUCACUGCCAGAUGAUCAACAGCAAGAGAGCCAGUCAAGGCGAGUGACUAGAGGGGUGCAGCAGAAAACUGAAGAGUUGGUCCCGCUUUUUGACACAAAGAAACACACUACACAAGAGAUACGGCAAUAUAAAAAUCACUGUUUAGAGCUUGUGUCUCAGAUGCUGUCAAGUAGAGAUUUUGACAUUACGGUCACUAGGCAUCUCACUUUACCGAUACUGAAAGAACUUUACCUAAGGUUGGUUGAAGAAAUCUUACAGUUUGUUUGUGCAAUCAGCAUAAAGGCUGAAAAUGAUACCAAAUCAUCUUCAACGAAAUAUUGGAAAGCUAUGAUGUUAAAAGGGAGUGAAUUAGUUCAAAAGGUGUACAGGCUUCUAGAGUUUGACAUUUUUGCUCAUGUAACAAGCCUGCUAAUGCAGAAUGAGAAUCCAGCUAUACGAAAGAAAGCCAUUGAACUCACAGCUGAACAUCUGAAGGAAGCAAAAGAGCUUAGCCGUCACCAGAAAAUGGCGUUGAUUGAUAUUGCAACAAGCCUUGUUAACUUGGCCAACACCGACUCACCUGAACUUCCAGCCAUUAAGCAUGCGGCAUUGCAAGUAUUGAGGUUAAUUGUUCAGUUGUUGGGCAAGGAGUUUGCUGAAGAACUGAGAUGUGCUGUUCCGGUCACAAUUGCUGUCAUAUUAGCAUCUGAUGGGAAUCCACAGAUCACUGCGAGUGCCUUUGCCUGUAUUGGAGAGCUCUCCUCCUGUCUCAGUUUUGAAUUCAUCGAAUUUCUACCAAAGUUGAUGCCACCAUUGCUACAGCUACUCACUAAAGGGAAGGACUCUCUACUUCUCAAUGCAUUUACAGCUUUGCAGAAGAUCCUUGAAUCCUUGUCAAAGUUUAUGAGUCCAUACCUUGGUGAAAUCUUAAGUUUAAUUACCAAAGCUGGGCCGGAUGAUAACGAACAAGUCAGUAAAUCAUCUACCAAAAAGCAAAUUAGAUCCAAAAUUGCCUUGAUAUCCCAAACAGUAUCAACAUCGGUUACACCAAGAGUCCUGCUCCCAGCUUUGGACGCUUGCUUUGAUCAAGUCGCACAAUCUGAUGAGCACUCGUUGUCGUUGCUCAUGGAUAUUGCACAAGAUGCUAUUGAAUCGAUGCCACGAGACAGGAUCAAGACACAUCAUUUGAAGCUUUUAGCCUUUUUCUUAAAGGCUCUUGAUGUUCGUAGACUACUGUCAAGGAAACCAGAAAAGCAAAUCAAUAUUGAAGAGGAGAAAAUCAUUACAGCUUUUUGCUCUUUGGUAAUGCGACUCUCAGAGAACAUUUUCAGACCAAUGUUUCUCAAGAUUUUCAGUUGGGCAACAGCUGAUGAAGAAAAUUUAACAAGGUUGAUAACAUUUUAUCGACUUAGUGGAGCAAUUGCUGGAAAGCUGAAAGGCCUGUUCCUACUGUUUGCUGGCCAUAUCACAAAGCCCUGUGCAGAGCUUGUUGCUAAAUGUAAUACGAAUUCUGAAGAUUCAACUUUAAUUGAAGAAGGAAACGAAGAGACCAUAAAUUUGCUGCUUAUUCAUAUAUUUGAUUGUUUGCAAAAGUGUUUCUUGCAUGACUCUCAAGGAUUCGUUAACAAGGAGAGAUUUGAGUAUCUCAUGAUGCCCCUUGUUGAUCAGAUUGACAAUGAAAUAGGAGAGGAGCCAGUCUACAAUGAUCGUGUGAUCAACCACCUUAUUCCUUGUUUGGCCUCAUUUGCUGUCGCAGUAAAUGAGGAGUCAUGCUGGAAGACAUUGAACUAUCAAGUCCUUCUGAAAACAAGGCAUCAGUCCACACAGGUACGCUUUGCCACAUUAAAGCUUCUAGAAGAAAUCCACAAACAAAUUGGAGAGAGUUAUUUGAUUUUACUUCCAGAAACAAUCCCAUUCCUUGCAGAGCUAAUGGAAGAUGAGUCUUUUGAGGUGGAGAAGCAGUGUCAACACGUGAUUAGUCACAUGGAAGAAAUACUUGGAGAAUCCCUACAGAAGUAUUUUUAGAGCAACAAUCACUCUGUUAUUCAAUUAUAUAUUUGGUUUGGUUAAUAAAUGCAGAAAACAUAUUUUGUUUUCUUCCUAUUGCUUUCAAAUGGAUUUUCUUCAUUUUUAAAAACUCUUAUUUUGGGUUUCAAUGACUACAAAAUUUCUAUGGUUGUUUUCUUUUAAAUCUAUUAGCAUUCUGACAGACUCCAAACAUAAAAUUUUAUGAGAAUUCUGUUGAAAUAUCUUUCUGUUCUUUAUGGGAACAGGGCUGGCCCCAAUCUAUCUAAGAGGGUUAGUUCAUCUGUAGUCAUAUCUCUUAAGCUAACUCAAGUCAACCUGCCUUGCAAGGGAACCCUUCUUGAGGGUAGGGCUGGCCUGUUGAGAAUUUUUAGGAAAUUUUCUCAUGUGAAGUCGGGUUUCCUUAGCCAGGUGUUGUGUAAACAUAUUUUUAGCUACCCAACCCAGGUUACCUUUUUAGCAUCAAAACUAAUGCAUAAGCUUUUUCGCACAAAUUGAAAAACACACAAACAAUUGUGUUGAAGAGAAUCAGCAAGACAUUCUGCUGGAACAGAGGCAAUGGAGUGGAGCUAUGAAAUGGGCCAAAAUCCAGUUUUUUAUUGAAGGAGCAUAUAGAUUAUAAGAAUUUUAAUUAAAUACAGAUGUUGUUGCUCUUUACAUACAAAUUUGCAUUGGAAUGGGAAGACAAUUUCACAAUUUUUUUGGUCCUGUAUUGCUGAGUGUGCCAGUUACAUUACUCUAAAGAAAUGAUGGAGGAAAAAUUAAAAGCAUCCAACAUCAGUUUAUCCGAUAAAAAGUGAGGCCAGCCCUCCCCAGAAAUUAGCUGAUUUGGGUUCCUUUAAAUGUAAUUUUUAAUGAAAACAUGUUAACCUAGCCUUGGCUUGUGUAAAAGACCCCUUUAAAAUAUAUUUCAGAAUUCAUUGCAUAAAAAGUCCACAACAUUCUGGAGUCAAGCUUGGCCAAUACUUCUUUUACAUAAUUGCUAUUGAUGUCUUGGUGAUUAAUAAAUGUAGGUGUGUUUCCAUCACUGUACUCUUGGCCUGCCACCCCAAAACUUGUCAACUCCAAAGCAUUUUAACAGCUGGUAAACAAAUAA